AUGAAGACAACCCCGAACAGCCACACCAUGCAGUUGCUGCUGCUUGUGCUCUUAGUGUGGGACCCAGCCAGGUUGGUGCUGGCUAACAUCCAAGAAGAUGAGGCUAAAAAUAACAUCACCAUCUUUACGAGAAUUCUAGACAGACUUCUGGAUGGCUACGAUAAUCGGCUUAGACCAGGACUGGGAGACAGUAUUACUGAAGUCUUCACUAACAUCUAUGUGACCAGUUUUGGCCCUGUCUCAGAUACAGAUAUGGAAUACACAAUAGAUGUUUUCUUUCGACAAAGAUGGAAAGAUGAACGUUUAAAAUUUAAAGGUCCUAUGAACAUUCUUCGACUUAACAAUUUAAUGGCUAGUAAAAUCUGGACUCCAGAUACCUUCUUUCACAAUGGGAAAAAAUCAGUCGCUCAUAAUAUGACAAUGCCAAAUAAGCUGCUUCGAAUCCAGGACGACGGCACUCUCCUGUAUACCAUGAGGCUGACAGUCCAAGCUGAAUGCCCAAUGCACUUGGAGGACUUUCCGAUGGACGCUCACUCGUGUCCUCUGAAAUUCGGCAGCUAUGCAUAUACAACCUCAGAGGUCACUUAUAUUUGGACUUACAAUGCGUCUGAUUCAGUGGAGGUCGCCCCUGAUGGCUCCAGGUUAAAUCAGUAUGAUCUGCUGGGCCAAUCAGUUGGGAAGGAGACUAUUAAAUCCAGUACAGGUGAAUAUACUGUAAUGACAGCUCAUUUCCACUUGAAAAGAAAAAUUGGGUAUUUUGUGAUCCAGACAUACCUGCCCUGCAUCAUGACGGUCAUCCUCUCUCAAGUAUCAUUCUGGCUCAACAGAGAAUCUGUGCCGGCCAGGACGGUGUUCGGAGUGACAACUGUUCUCACAAUGACCACUCUAAGCAUCAGUGCUCGGAACUCGCUCCCCAAAGUGGCUUAUGCGACUGCCAUGGACUGGUUCAUCGCUGUGUGCUAUGCUUUUGUGUUCUCGGCCCUCAUUGAAUUUGCAACUGUAAAUUACUUCACCAAAAGAGGAUGGGCUUGGGAUGGGAAGAGUGUAGUAAAUGACAAGUCCCCUCCAAUAGAAGCUGAAGGCAUUCCAUUAACACACAACUCAGGGAAAGCAGUUCUUCAGGGAGCUAAGCUAAUAUGGGCCAAGUGUGUAACCUUCUCAUGGCCCAGUUUAAUCCAAGACCAGACUUUAGGGUAUUCAGAGAAGUGGAUGGACUGUGUAACCUUCAAACGAUCUUCUAAAAAAGAGAAAGCCUCUGUCAUGAUACAGAACAAUGCUUAUGCAGUCGCCGUUGCAAAUUAUGCCCCAAAUCUUUCAAAAGAUCCAGUUCUCUCCACCAUCUCCAAGAGCGCGACCACGCCAGAGCCCAACAAGAAGCCGGAAAACAAGCCCGCAGAAGCCAAGAAAACCUUCAACAGCGUCAGCAAAAUUGACAGAAUGUCUAGAAUAGUUUUCCCGGUUUUGUUUGGUACAUUUAAUUUAGUUUACUGGGCUACAUAUUUAAACAGGGAACCUGUAUUAGGGGUCAGUCCUUAA